AUGCCACUGAAUAUGAAAUUGUGCAGGAUUGGAAAUCUUACUUUCAACUUCGUAUUACAAGACAUUGAUAUAGUAACGUGGAACAAUGGCUUACAGCACAAAGCCACAUGGGUUACUGUUUGGCCAAUAAGAUCAAUAGAUAUCUGGGACGACAACACGAGCCUAAAAAAUGGUCCUCAUUUUCAGGCCUUCAGUGUUUCUGCAAGUAUGCUUAUGUACUCGUAACUUGAUCAAAUUUUGGUAAAAUGGUAUUAAAACUGUUCACAAUAUCCAUAGUUAUCGGGACGUCAAUUCCGCCAUCUUCCUUUUUAGUAUAGGCCGAAUGACUGAAGUUCUUGUCCAGAUAGAUACAGAGGUCACUGCCUGUGAUUAUUAUCAGUAUUAUUUAUGACUUGUGUUUCUCUUUAGGUAUCAAGGUAUCACCAGAAUCAAAAGACUCCAUACUCGGCUGGGAACAAUGAACAGUAUUGGUAAGACGUUCUGCUGGGUAGGGCGUGCCCCACCUUUUUGACAGGCCUACUGGCAUAGCAAUGUCCAAGGCUGUCAAAAUUGCAGUGCUAAAGCUUCCACAAGAAGCUUAUACUUCUUUAUCGACUGAGUCAAUAGGGCAUCAGAUUUUUCUCUGGCUAUAACACCUGACCAAUAAGGGAAAGCUAUUAGUAUAUCUCUAGGGAGAACAGUUUAGAACUGAUAGAGCUAUCCAGUAUAAAUAAAGUUAGUUUAGUUUAGGUUUCCUCCUGUAGUAACACUGGAUCAAUAAGAGAUGAUCCUUACUGGAUCUCUAGGGAGAACAGUUUAGAACUGAUAGGGCUAUCCAGUAUAAAUAAAGUUAGUUUAGUUUAGGUUUCCUCCUGUAGUAACACUGGAUCAAUAAGAGAUGAUCCUUACUGGAUCUCUAAGGAGAACAGUUUAGAACUGAUAGAGCUAUCCAGUAUAAAUAAAGUUAGUUUAGUUUAGGUUUCCUCCUGUAGUAACACUGGAUCAAUAAGAGAUGAUUCUUACUGGAUCUCUAGGAAGAACAGUUUAGAACUGAUAGAGCUAUCCAGUAUAAAUAAAGUUAGUUUAGUUUAGGUUUCCUCCUGUAGUAACACUGGAUCAAUAAGAGAUAAUCCUUACUGGAUCUCUAGGAAGAACAGUUUAGAACUGAUAGAGCUAUCCAGUAUAAAUAAAGUUAGUUUAGUUUAGGUUUCCUCCUGUAGUAACACUGGAUCAAUAAGAGAUGAUUCUUACUGUAACUCUAGGAAGAACAGUUUAGAACUGAUAGAGCUAUCCAGUAUAAAUAAAGUUAGUUUAGUUUAGGUUUCCUCCUGUAGUAACACUGGAUCAAUAAGAGAUGAUCCUUACUGGACCUCUAGGGAGAACAGUUUAGAACUGAUAGAGAUAUCCAGUAUAAAUAAAGUUAGUUUAGUUUAGGUUUCCUCCUGUAGUAACACUGGACCAAUAAGAGAUUAUCUUUAUUGGACCUCAAGGAAGAACAGUUUAGAACUGAUAGAACUAUCCAGUAUAAAUAAAGUUAGUUUAGUUUAGGUUUCCUCCUGUAGUAACACUGGGUCAAUAAGAGAUGAUCCGUAGUGGAUCUCUGGGAAGAACAGUUCAGAACUGAUAGAGCUAUUUCAUAUUGUAUGUGACUUGCUUUAAUACAUUUUCAUUCUGUUGCAGUUUCUGGUUUGAAAACAGACAAGAAUGUACUCAGUAAACAGAUUGCAGGAAUCGAGAAAGAAAUAGCGACAGCCAUACAGAAAAUUAAGGUAAGAUCUCGGGUUAUCAUCUUGUUCCAGACUUGUCAACAACUGGGAACAAGCAGUGUGAACACAUCUUGUUGACAAUCUGUGGGAUGUUUACUAGUGUUCUUGGUUAUUGAUUAUGUAGAGCACGAUUAUGACACGUGAUCAGAUCGAGAGCCUACACAGAGGUCUGGUGGCUAAGGUGGACAGACAGCUCGCGGAUUUACAAAAGCAGAAAGAGCUUCAGAAGAAACGAGAGGAGGAGGAGAAGUUGAGAAAGAUCCAGGAACAGAUGGAACUGGAACGAAAGAAAAGAGAAGAAGAGGAACGAAGGAGGAAACACCUGGAAGAAGAAGCGAGGAUGUAAGUUUGAAAAUAUUUUAUUAUAUGCCUGUUUAAUCGUUUAGACUUAACCUCCUUUCAUACGAUGAUCAGAGUUGCAAUUCUCGUUCGCUUUUUUGAGCUCUCAUUAACUUUGAGCUCGUUUAAAUUUUGAGGAAGGUUCAUAAGAGUUUUCGUUACUCACUCAAUAAUGUCCAAUUAAGUCUCAUCAACUGUUAUGCAACUCAUGUUCUCGUUUAACUUGGGCAUGGAAACUCUCAUGGAAACUCUCAUGGAAACUCUCGCUUCUCAACUCGCAUCAACGAGUUCUCAUAUCUUCCCGUAGACGCAAAAAAAUCUCACAUAUGUAGGAAGUCUGUCAACAAGCCCCUAAAAAGUUGUGACUGCUUAUCCCAAGUUGUCAACAAGUUUGGAACAACUUGUUAACAGUUGUAACAAUCUUGUUGAUAUUAUCAGACUUGUUGCAAGGUUGUUCCAACAAGUCCGACACGUAAAAACGCGCAAGUUGUUACAGGUCUGCAAACAAGUUGUUGCAAAUCUGUUCACAAGCUGUCGACAAGUUGUGUUCGCACUGCUUGUUCCCAAGUUGUUGUAACAAGUUUGGAACAAGCUGUUAACAACUUGUAACAAGCUUGAUGGCAUUAUCAGACUUGUUACAAGGUUGUUCUAACAAGUCUGAUACAGUCAUGAUAUAACAAGAAUGUUACAAGGUUGACAACACAAGGUUGUAACAAUAUUGUUAUAUCAUGACUGUAUCGGACUUGUUGGAACAACCUUGCAACAAGCCUGAUAAUAUCAACAAGGUUGUUAUAAAUUGUUAACAGCUUGUUUCAAACUUGUUGACAACUUGGGACAAGCAGUGCGAACACAACUUGUCGACAGCUUGUGAAAAGAUUUGUAACAACUUGUUUGCAGACUUGUAACAACUUGUGCGUGUUUUUACGUGUGUAGUGUUAAUAUUUUGCUGGUAUGUUUUAUUCAGUAAAGCUGAGAUGGAGGCGGAGAGAAAGAAAGCCGAGGAGGAAGAAAGGAAACGAAGAGAACUCGAGAAAGCUAAACAGGUUUGAAAAUAUUAUUUAAUAAUUUUAUGUUUGUUUUUAAUUUAUUUUGUUUUUGUUUUAACAACUUUGUUGAACAAUGUUCAAGCGGCAAGACUCUAGGACCCAUGCGAGGCACUCUCCCGUUACAAUUAUUAGAUCGGGCAGAUCUUGUAGCAAGUCUGCCAACAAGCCGUCAACAAGUUGUGUUCGCACUGCUUGUCCCAAGUUGUCAACAAGUUUGGAACAAGCUAUGUUGAACAACUUGUAACUACCUUGUUGAUAUUACUAGAUCAGACUUGUUGCAAGGUUGUUCCAACAAGUCCGAUGCAGUCAUAAUAUAACAAUAUUGUAACAACCUUGUGUGAUCAACCUUGUAACAUUCUUUUUAUAUCAUGACUGUAUUCUAUUUGUUACAAAAACCUUGUAACAACUCUGAUAAUCCCAUGAAACUUGUUACAAGUUGCUAACAGCUUGUGUCGUCAACCUUGUAACAUUCUUGUUUUAUCAUGACUGCAUCAGACUUGUCAGAACAACCUUGUAACAAGUCUGAUAAUGCGAUCAAGCUUGUUACAAGUUGUUAACAGUUUGUUCCAGACUUGUCACAACAACUGGGAACAAGCAGUGCGAACACAACUUUUCGACAGCUUGCGAACAGAUUUGUAACAACUUGUGCGUUUUUACGUGUAUAGGUAUACUUGUUACAACAACUUGUAGCAUGUGUAUUAGCGUCAUCAACUUUGUAACAAGGUGAUAACAACUUGUUCCACGCUUGUCACAACAACUGGGAAGAAGGUUGAUGACGGUAACAGACUUGCUACAAGUUGUUCCAACAAGACUAAUACAGACUGUUCGUAACAAGUUGCUACGAGCUUGUUGUCAUCAACUUCUUAACAACUUGUUACGUGCAGAGGAUAUCAGACUUGUUGGAACAACUUGUUGCGAGUCUGUUGGCCUCAUCAACCUUGUUACAAGAUGAUAACAACUUGUUCCAGACUUGUCAACAACUGGGAACAAGCAGUGCGAACACAUCUUGUUGACAAGCUGCUGUGCGAUUUUUACUCGCGAAUAGCCAAAGCUCGUUGGUUGCCGUGACAGGACUUAUAACUACUUCGUAACGUAUUCUUCAUGAUUUCAGCAAUUAAAUUAAUCAUUCAUCAAUUUAAUAUCAAGUUUUCAUUUUUUUAGAAAGAAAUUGAGGAGCAGUUACGAAAAGAGCAAGAGGCCGAACAAUCUAGGUAUGUUGUGAUUUUUAAUUGUGUUGUCGGGGCCAAAUUUCCUGACUUUUAAAUUACAUUCUCUUUACUCUUAACUACUUUUAAAGGAGUGGUCAUUUAUGGCGGGGGGGGGCAACGAAAAGAAAAGGGUUGGGUAAACAAAAUUUUGAGUAUUGUAUUAUUAAUAUAUUUAAGUAUUGUCUUUCCAAAGUAUGACUCACUCAAAUAUUGAAGAUUAAAAAGCAAUGUCAACAGUCAUAUGUCAAUACAAUAUGUAAAUCAAUCCGAGUCACUAUCUUGAUCAUUUUCCGAUUUGUCAGGAGGCAAAUGGUGUCUCCAAAGAAAGUACAUGUGCAGACAACAUGAAACUUUAGACUGCACUAGAAAAUUGCACAAGCAGUUAUAAAAGUCAUGUCCAGAAGUGGUAAAUGACAUGUGUCACAACUGAAUGGUAUACUUUUAUAAAGUUUUUGUUCAUGGGGUGGGUAUUUAUUGUUUAGUUGAUUUUUAUAAGUUGAGUGGAUUUUUUUAAACUUUUUAAUCGUUGUAGGCAAGCAGCUCUGGAACAGGACAGAUUAGAUCACGAGCUCGCCUUGCGUUUAGCCAAGGUAGGUCCAUGUUUUUGUAAAUCCCACUACGAGAUCAGUCGUAAAUUCUCGACUUUUGCACCGAUCUGCUUGAGAUAGUAAAUAAUUGUCUUUCUUUUUAAAAUGUCCUUUGUCUCUGUAGGAAUCCAACUCGAAUGUGGAACCUAUGGAAGAACAGAAAGCAAUUAUCAGGUAAAUACAUAAUAUCUAACUAACUUUAUUUAUACUGGAUAGCUCUAUCAGUUCUAAACUGUUCUUCCUAGAGGUCCAGUAAGAGUCAUCUCUUAUUGAUCCAGUGUUACUACAGGAGGAAAGCUAAACUAACUUUAAUUAUGCUGGAUAGCUCUAUCACUUCUAAACUGUUCUUGCUAGAGGUCCAGUAAGGAUCUUCUCUUAUUGAUCCAGUGUUACUACAGGAGGAAACCUAAACUAAACUAACUUUAUUUAUACUGGAUAGUUGUAGCAAUUCUGAGGGUAAGAACGAUUGCUAGACAAUUUUGUUUCUUUUUUCCACAGAGCGGCCUCAGUGAAAGAUCCAAAUAAGAAAUAUGAUUUAAGUAAAUGGAAGUACGCCGAGUUGAGAGACACCAUUAAUACUUCAUGUGGUAUGUAUUGUCGAGAAUAACUUGCCAACGGCGCAACGGAAUGGAAAAUCAGCAUGAUCAAUGCGUUGCCGUGGUUUGUGUCUGAACUACACACGUGUAAAAACACGCAAGGAUGUCACAGAUCUGCAAACAAAGUUGUAACAAGGUUGUUGUCAAACCGAUAUCAGGAUGUGUUCGCACUGCUUGUUCCCAGUUGUUGUGACAAGUCUGGAACAAGUUGUUAUCACCUUGUUACAAGGUUGAUGACGGUAACAGACUUGCUACAAGUUGUUCCAACAAGACUAAUACAGGCUGUUCGUAACAAGUUGCUACGAGCUUGUUGUCAUCAACUUGGUAACAACUUGUUACGUGCAGACGAUAUCAGACUUAAUUGUUUUUGUUUGUGGAAACACCACGUAAAUUUAUUACUGCAAAAUUUACGUGGUGUUUCCACAAACAGAAACAAUUACAUUUUAUCGCCAUGCAAACAUUCAAAGAACUUAUUGAUAUGAGACUUGUUGGGACAACUUGUUGCGAGUCUGUUGGCCUCAUCAACCUUGUCACAAGAUGAUAACAACUUGUUCCAGACUUGUCAACAACUGGGAACAAGCAGUGCGAACACAUCUUGUUCACAAGCUGUGAGAUUUUUUCUGUGGUCCCUCUAGCGGGAAUCGGAUCAACGGCGAUGCCAAACAAGACACCUUUCAAGUAUUUAAAACACAAACCACGACAACAUACCGGAAGCAUUUGAAUGUAUACCGAACGUCCAUCAAUAUUAAAUUCUAAACGACAGUAAUAUACCGUUUCUUAGAUGUGGAGCUGCUAGAAGCGUGUAAACAAGAAUUCCAUCGACGUCUCAAGGUUUAUCAUCAUUGGAAGAAUAAAAAUAAAGCUUCGAAAUCUUCUGCUCAGGACGUUGGUGAACAAAGAGCCCCUCAGGAAGUUGUGGAGGAAGGUUAGCAAAGACUUUUUUUAUUACUAAACUAACAUUGUUUAUACUGGAUAGCUCUAUCAGUUCUAAACUGUUUUUCCUGGAGGUCCAGUAAGGAUCAUCUCUUAUUGAUCCAGUGUUGCUACAGGAAGAAACCUAAACUAAACUAACUUCACUUAUACUGGAUAGCUCUAUCAGUUCUAAACUGUUCUCCUUAGAGGUCCAGGAAGGAUCAUCUCUUAUUCAUCCAGUGUUACUACAAGAGGAAACCUAGACUAAACUAACUUUAUUUAUAUACUGGAUAGUUCUAUCAGUUCAAAACUGUUCUUCCUGGAGGUCCAGUAAGGAUCAUCUCUUAUUGAUCCAGUGUUACUACAGGAGGAAGCUAAACUAUCAGUUCUAAACUGUUGUCGCUAUAAAGGUUUAUCUCUAGAAAAAAUUGAAUUUCUUUUUCAGCUUCCAGUCAAGCCAACGCCACGAAACCAGUCACCAGACUCCCGCCGCGGCGACCUCAGCGAUAUUUCCGCGUACCUUUCGUGAAGCCUGGUGACGAGUAUCGCGACAACGACUUCAAGAAGCGUGGUUAUUGGUUCGCUCAUUUUGAUGGUCAGUGGAUAGCCCGCCAACUUGAGAUGCACCCGAACGGAGUAAACGUCGUCCUAGUUGCGGGCACCGAUGACCUCGAUAUGUGUGAAUUGAGUAUGGAUGAAACAGGUCUUAGCAGGAAGCGCGGAGCCGAGAUUACGAAACGAGAGUUUGAAUAUCACUGGCAAAAAUGUGGCGGCAAAUCUGACGCAUAUAAACAGCCCACGUUUGAAUGA